AUGGGGGUGAAUCUGAAUGAUGAAUAUCUUGUGAAAGCGAUAAAUUGUAGGGUGGUGCCAGUAGCUGGAUAUGUCAUGAAUGUAUGUAACUUGAGGAAAGGAGAUUUGGAAAAGCUGGAUAAGAUCGUUAAAACCGCACUUAGGAAACAAGGAUUUCAUGGAAAGCAAGCAAAUGACGAAAGAUUGUACGCGAAAAGAGAUGACGGUGGAAGGGGAUUGAAAAGCUGUAAGGAGGUUUACGAUGAAACGAAAGUAAGGGUAGCAUGCUACAUAGCAACAUCGAACAACGAGUGGAUUGAAGUGUUAUGGAGAAACGAGUACAUGAAAGAGCAAACAUCAUUGAAAAGAGUGGCAGAAGAAGCAAUGGGGCGAAUGAAUGCACAUGUCGAAUUCAAUGUUGGAGAAAUCAAGAUCGGAAACGAAAGCUACGUGGAUUGGCAUGUCGCAUGGAAAAAGCUUAAGAACAUCAUAAGGAAAGGGCAAAUCAGGAACAAGGCUGAAACCUUCAGGGAAAAGAGACUGCAGAGUGAAAUACCAAUGGGAUUUGACAAGGAUGAUCAUGGUUGGCUGAAGUGCAACACCGACCCGAGAAAAACAGCGUCGAUAUUUACAUUGCAGGAACAGAUGAUCGAAACAAAAGCAUGGAAGAAAAUGAGAGGACUAGUGGACCAAGACAAGUGCAGAUUGUGUGGGGAAUUUAGAGAAACAGUUCAACACCUAUUGGCAGGAUGCAAAAAGUUGGCGGGAUCAGAGUACGUAAGAAGACAUGACAACCCGUUAAAAGUACUAGCAGUGCAAUGGGCGAUUGAUAAUGGAUUGUUACCGAAAGGAACGAAGUGGUACACAGAGAAAUGGGAGAGGAAAAGUAAUUGCAAAUAA